AUGAUAACACAGGUUACACUGCUCCUGUGCGUCGUGGCUUUAAGCCUUGCCGAUUCAGUAUACCCUAAAGGCGGCUAUGCCAAGGGGUACAAGGGAGGCUGGAAUGGAAUGAACGGAAUGAAUGGAAUGAACGGAAUGAAUGGAAUGAACGGAAUGAACGGAUACGGCAGGAGAUAUUGGGGAAACAACAUGAUGAGCGGAAACAACCCAUACAUGUACGGAGGAUGGGGAAAUGGAAUGUACGGCAACCAAGGAUAUGGAUGGGGCCCAAGUAUGGGACAGGGAAGAUGGGGAAUGAAUAUGGGAAACGGUUAUGGAUGGGGUCCGUCUAUGGGAAACGGAAGAUGGGGAAUGAAUGGUAUGGGAAACGGUUUUGGAUGGGGAAAUGGUAUGGGAAACGGCUAUGGAUGGGGACGAGGUAUGGGAUAUGGAAGAAUGGGAAUGAACAAUAUGGGAAAUGGUUAUGGAUGGGGGUCAAACAUGGGAAACGGUUAUGGAUGGGGAAAUAAUAUGGGAAACGGGAAUGGGUGGGGAAAUUAUAUGGGAAACGGCUAUGGAUGGGGAAAUAAUAUGGGAAACGGUUAUGGUUGGGGAAAUAAUAUGGGAAACGGAUAUGGAAUGGGUAACAAUAUGAUGAAUAUGGGCAGAAUUGGUGGUUAUGGAUGGAGCGGAAGAAGGGGAAUGAUGGGAAUGAACGGAAACGGAUACGGAUGGGGUAACAAUAUGAUGAACAACGGGUACGGAACGAUGGCAGGAAAGGGCAUGAACGGAUUCAGUGGAAUGAUCGGAAGAGGAAGCAGCAAG